AUGGGCUGGCUUUGGAAUUCAAACACAUCAAGGGAGGCGCCCAAGGAAGUGCCCAGCACAUCGACGCCCGGCUCCGAGUCAAAGACAAAUACCAUCCCUCCGUCCAAACAAUUAUCGCCGGACGAACAAGCCGACUUGGAAUUCAAGCAAAUCCUCGCUGAGCUCCAGCAAGCAGACGCUGAGCUCAAUUCAAGUCAAAGGAGAGGCCCCGAAUCAUACAGUGGAACCACAACUGCGCCAGCCAACCCUGACACGAGCGCGCCUCUCGCGCAACCCGCAUCUUCUAUUGCGCCAGAAUCUCUAUACGCGGACUCCAUGUCCUGUCGCACGGCAUUCGACUAUGCUUUCUUCUGCCAAUCUUUCGGUGGCCAGUUUGUCAAUGUCUAUCGUUACGGUGAGCUGCGAUCGUGCAGCGAACACUGGGACAAUUUCUGGCUGUGUAUGAAGACCCGCGGAUGGUCGGAUGACUUGCGAAGAAAAGCGAUUCGGGCGCACAACCAGAAGAAAGCGAUCAAAUACAAAACUGGGCCAAGCAGUGAGGAUGUUUGGGACGUGAGACUUGAGCCGGCGUCGGACUCCUUCAAGGGUGACUUUGCAGCCCUUGAAAAAGAAAUGAAAGUGGAAGAGGAGAUGAAGCAGCAGGCUCCCUCCACAUGA